CCAUCUCGGGCGUCGACAAGCACCGGAUGGCCCCCCGCCAAACUCUCUACUUGUUGGAUCAAAGCAGCCCUCCAUAUCCAUCUAGUCAUGUCACGAUUAUUCUGCUCCAUGUGGGGCCUGGUUUUGGCUCUUUGGAUAGCCUCUGCUACUGGAAGUUCUACGCCCCCGCCAAGUCCUGCUUUCUUUCGAACCCGCAAUGCUCCUAGGGCAUCAGCCGCAGACACAGUUCGGCUCCUUCGCCGGACGCUUUCUGGCUUGAGUCUCGACGAGAGGAGUACCUCACAAGAAAACAGCACAUCGCUGAAUAAAAGCUGGGAUGAUGCUGUUUUGUUUACCUACAGCCAGGAAGACGACGUGGAAACCAAAACUGGCAAUGCCUCAACCUCAACCGGAGUCGAAAUUACAUGCACGACCUGUUAUAUAAAGGGGACCGCCAAUGCGAGGUUUACAGUCGCCGGCGACUUCAAUUCGAGCCAAGCCUUCCACAACUUUACGGAAGAGGUCAAAACCGAGAUCGAGGACCUCGGUGCCGCCGCUGUUGAUUACAUUGAGACGUAUAUCGACAAAGUGGCAGGCAAUUUCAGUGACGGAGUCGAUCUUGACGACUUCAACCUCCCGCCAAUCGAUCUCGACUUCGAUAUCAAUCUCCCCGAGAUACCCGAGUGUCAGCUGCAAUUCCGGUUCGACGGCUUGGAAUUGUACAUGUUGAUAGAUACGGUUCUCUCAGCUGGAGCCACCUACACCCUCAAUUUGUAUACUUCCAACACUCCAAUAGGUUUUGCAGUCGGAAAAAAUCUGGAGAUCGGCGUCAUUUUCUCAAUCGACCUGAUCCUAAGCGUCGACGGCGAGAUUGACAUCAGCACCGGAUUCCACAUUAAGCUGGAAGAUGGAGUUACUUUGGACAUCUCCAUGUUCUCCAAGGAUGUCUCAAGUGUAGAAUUUAAUGGCGGCCAGUUUGAGUUCCUCCCUGUCACCAUUGAAAGUGCCGGCGUGGUGUUCAAGGCUAUUCUACGCUUAGGCGUACAAGCAGGCUUUGAGAUAACGUCUCCAGAAAUAAGUGUAGCAAGUGUAUCAGUGGCUGAUGCUAGCGUCGGCGUCGAAGUGGGCGUGUACGCCAAUGUCGCCGAGUUUAUCACCAACGUCACUGCGUCGUUCGAUGAAGAUAGUGACUGCAUGCUUCAGGUCGAGGAAUCCUACCAACUGGCGCUUGGGGCAAUGGCAGGCGCUUCUGUUGCAAUUGGCGACAAUACUUGGGGUCCUGUACCAGAGACACAGGUACCUAUUUACUACACAACUCUAGCGUCUGCAUGUGCCAUCCAAAGGCGCACCACUGCAACCUCCUCGUCAAUAACUUCUGCGACAUCUGAAGCUAUUAAAGUCAGAGACGACGGCGAUGAUGACGGUAUGACUACUACAACCAUCAGCACCAAGGUUGUCUACGUCGGCGUAGGCUGUGUGUCGGAGGGCCUGGUGAACUGUCCUGCGUCCCUGCAAACGACAACCAAAUUCACAACGACAAAGACGCUCGUCACGGUUAUCCCGACAGAUUCUGAUGCAAGCUUCCCGGAAUCGACACAAACUACCGCCCUCGGUACGGUUCCGUUUGGGUCUGGUGCGCAGAAACUGUUGGUUACGUCCGGAAGCCCGGUAUCGUACGUUCCCCCGCCUCCGCCAACGACGUCUUCGACAUCCUCAGCCUCUUCGGGAAGUGGUAAAGACCAGGACAGCAUCGCAGACGGUAAAGAUGGAGGAGUGCCUAAACGCAUCGUCGUCGGCGUCAGCGUGGGGCUUGGUGUCCCUGCGCUUGUCGGAGUCAUUGCAGCGAUUUUUUUCCUGAUAAGACGAAGAAAGAACUCAGCCGUGGAAAAAGGCGAAGACUUUACCGAGGUCCGAGUUGUGACAUCCCCAAAGGCAUGAGCAGAUCGUGAGCUUCUAAAGUGAUUAAAUCGUGGUCAGAUAUACACAUGUUAUCUUCGUUUGUUCCAUUGGAAGUCCUGAAUCACUGGCUCUCAAUCGUGUUGAUAAGGAAAUAUAUCAGAUGUCAGUCAACGUCGUUUAGGUUCUGCGUUUCAUCAGUGGCCUCCUCAUUGGACUACCGCUGGCAAGUCUAACAAAUUGUCCGGAUACUCUAGGGAAAUCAGUCUAAUUUUACUCAUCCUUUUGAAUAAAUAUGUAUAGUUAUAAUUUGCUUCCUGCAAGUCAGAGACGGAAAU